CGACCACAAUCUACGUCCGUGGGAAAUUGCUUCCCCCAUUUGUAUUUUCCUUGUGUAAUGCGAAAUAAACAUGACAUCGUUUUCAGCAAGUACACUAGAAAAGAAACUCCAUGAUCUAUCUAAUACACAACAGAGUGUACAGACAUUAUCGCUAUGGCUGAUCCAUCACAGAAAACACGCCAAGACCGUGGUACAAGUUUGGAAUAAGGAAAUCCGUAAAGUAAAAACAAGCAAGAGGCUGACUUUUAUGUACUUAGCAAAUGAUGUGCUUCAAAACAGCAAAAAGAAAGGAAAUGAAUACAAUCUUGAGUUCAAGGCUGCCAUGCCUUCUGCCUUCAAAUUUGUUGGACAAGGUGGAGAUAAAGACACAGCCAAAGGCUUGGAGAGAUUGCUGAAUAUUUGGUCAGAAAGGGGAGUAUUUGAACUCUCUUUCAUAGAAAAAAUACGCAAAGGAUUAGCAAUUGGGUCUCCUGUUGAAUCUCCUCCACCAAGCAAAAAGUCUAGAAUAGAGGAUGACAGCAAAGAUAGUAGUCCGGUUCCCGCUCCUGAUGUAGAGGAGCUUAUUAAAGCGCUGCAAGAGCUAGAGGAAUCAGCCUCACAGGAUGCUGCCGUACGUGAAAAGAUUGCUAAUCUACCAGCUGAGGUCCAAGAUGUGUCAUUGUUGGAAAAAAUUGAAGACAAAGAGACAGGCGAGAGAUUAACAAGAAUUGUUGACAAAGCCUGUGUCUUGCUGGCUGAGUACAAUGGAAGACUAUCUGCUGAACUUGAGGACAGAAUAACACUUUCCAAGAUGCUAACAGCAUUUAUUUCUCUACAAAAACAAAAACUCCAAGAGGCAGAAAAGAGGCUUGAGGAAUUCAGAGGAAAACUUGAAAAAGUCACUAUUGUUCGCAAAGAGUUGAAAUCCCACCUGGACAACUUACCAGACCUGUCAAAGCUUCCAGAUGUUGAUGGAGGCCUGGCACCUCUACCAUCAGCAGGGGAUCUAUUUGCCAGCUCUUCUGGACACAGAUCAUGACAUUCAGCUAUUUAAAGGGUGUGGGUAACUUUUUUUUAGCAACAUGAUUUUUAAGGAUAGUAGUUGUUCUUCAGAUUUCUCACUGCUUGGUUUUUGAAAAAAUUCACCCAGAAAGGCCAUAGGGACUCUCCACCCCCAAAGGCCAAAGAAACUCCCCCCCCCUCCCCCCCAAAGACGCCUUAAGAAACCCCUCCCCCAAAGAGGCCAUUAGAACUUCUCCCCCAAAGAUACCAUACGCACCCCCUCCCCUAAAGUGGCCUUAAGAGCCCCACCCCCCCUUCUACCCCGUUUUUUUUUAACACUUGAAUUAUCAAGGGAUUAUAGUUCCCUCUUGGAAAACACCCCGAGUAUUUGUUAUUUGCCUGGGUUCACAUUGUAGAAUUACAUGAGACAAAAAAGCACACUCUUCUGUUGGAAAUUGAAGGCUUAGGAACAGAUCUAGAGAGAAAAAAAAAAACAUGGCAUGGAAUGAUAUGAUACUAUAGUUCCUUUCCAUUUAAAUCAUUGGGUGAUUGCCUAGUUAUGUUUUGUUUUUGAAAUAGAGGAAUCAUUCUUUUUAGCAUUAAUAUUUAAUCGACAUUUAAUCUGACAUUAAGAACGAGACUAUCAAAUAAGUCGUGCCUGUUUGUCUCAUUGCAUUAUAUGCCUAAAGCAAAAAACCUCUCUCUGAUGAAAACGUUUUGUGAGUCGACGAUAAGAAAUACUAUCUUUUGAAUGGUAGCAACGAGUUUUAAAUUAUAACAAAGUUAAAAACUUUAAAACAAGUUUAUUGUCGGCCCUUGGAAGGCUUAAUUGGCCGCCGCCCUCCAGAUUUAAAAUUUGAGCACUAAAUGAGGCAUUGACAAAUUGGAGUGUUUGCAGCCGUCUUUUGCAGUUUUUUACUCUUUGUUCGUAUACGAUAAAGCGGUAAUUCCGCAAGAAAAAGAUGACCAAAAAUUGUAAAUAAAAGGCUGUAAACAAAUGCUAAUUGACAAAGCCUUGCUUUCGCGUUCGCAUAACAUAUCUGGAAAACGGGGCAUUUUAGGGAGCUUCAAAAUUCCCCCACUGGUUAUUUUAAAGACAUUCCUGGAAUUACUUUAGUCAAUGUGCACUUUUGCCCGAAAUGGUAUUUCCGUUGCUGGGGGAAGCAAUGUCUUUUAGUGUCGAUUACUAGGGGGUGGGGUGUGUCUGUGUGUGUGUGUGUGGGGUCUUUGAGAAGAUCUCUUUAGGGGGGUUUGGAUUUUUUGAAAUCACACAUAACCUUAAAGUAAGUAGCGAGAUAUUAGGAUGUUUUUUCCUAAUUUAGAAUAAAAAGGCAGCAAAACAACUUUGAGGUUAUUCUGUAUCUAACUUCUAAGUCUCGCAACACGACGUCAAUUUUCUAAACAAUGUAGUUUACUUGUGGCUUUGGAUGAUGUAAAUUUAGAAUUCUUCUCAUUAUCUAUAAACUUUACUAAAUUCUCUGUAGUUUUCAGUUUUUUUCGAGCUCAGCCACUGUUGUAUACCCUCUAUUUAUUCUUGUUGAGACGCAAUUUGUCUUUCGAUAUUUAGUGAAAACAAUAACAGGGCUGCUGACAGGGUCCUGUCAUGCCGUAGAUAGAUGAGGAAAAUUAUGCUUUAGUUUUAAAAAUAACCAUCUUAGAAGUUUUAUACUCUAUUUACCGAAUUCAAUAAAAGAUAUUGGAUAGGUUUCACCAAAA